AUGCGGGGGCAACCGGCUACUCUCGAGAAGGCCCUUGACCUGGCACGUCAAGAGGAGGCGCUUCAGGCAGUCUGCGAUCGACCUGCUCAACCUCUCCUCGGCAUCGUUGCUGUCCGGCCGCAGAUGGUUCGUGACUCUGCUACUCAAACGCCCUGGCGACCCUGCUCCUGCUGCUCCUACUACCCCCGACAGAAGCAGUGGCGUCGUCUACCGCCCCGUCGCCCCAAUGGUUCUCAGAACCGUCGACCUGUCCAGUCAAUCGACGUCGGCCCACAGGACAGUAGCGGUAAGUACUACAUUGUUUCUGAUUCAGCUGCUUCAUGCGUUGGUCCUACUAUUUGCCCGUUAGUUGAAGGCUUUGUGGGCAGCACUAGUCUCUCAUGCCUAGUAGACUCAGGCGCUGGUUGUUCUUUGAUACGUCAGCAGUCCUUUUUAGAGUUCCAAACGAGGAUUAGGUAUUGUGAUAGGCCUAAUUUUAAACUUCAUACUGCAAAUGGCACUCAUCUUAGGCAUACUGGUCUGGUGGAGUUUUCUCUUGACCUCUCAGGUCUUAGUUUUACCCACCAAUUUGUCGUGUCCCCGGAUAUCACCUGGGACUGUAUAAUAGGUGUUGACUUUUUAAAAAAGUUUACAUGUUCCCUUGAUUUCGGUAAGCAUUCUUUACGGGCCGCCACGGUCAGUGUGCCUUUUCUUCGCAGUUUCCCUGAGCCACGGAGGGUACCCACUUGCGCGGUUAGUGUUGAUGUUAAGGACCUAGUCCCGGCACACCUCGACGAAGGUUGCGCCCGGAAGCUCAGCCAGUUAAUAAGCGAAUUUAAGGAUAUCUUUGACUGGGAUGGCAAGUCCACGGGGAGGACAGGUGUGACGGAGCACUGCAUCGACACGGGGGAUGCGAGACCCAUCCGGGUUCCCCCCAUGCGACUUCCAAUCUUUUACCAGAAGGAACUAGAUGCCCUUAUCAAUGAUAUGCUUAGUAGUAAUAUUAUAAGGCCCUCUCAGUCGCCCUGGUCAUCUCCCAUUGUACUUGUGAAGAAGAAGGAUGGCUCAAUGCGAUUGUGCAUUGACUAUAGGAAGCUAAAUGCAGUGACUAAGAAGGAUUCCUUUCCUCUCCCACGAAUAGAUACCACCUUAGACGCUCUCGCUGGCAAUAUUAUGUUUUCGACGCUUGAUUUAGCUUCAGGCUACAGGCAAGUUGAAGUGCCAAAAAUUUCUUAG